CAGUAGUGACUUUAAUAGGGAAUAUUUAAUCAGAAGCGAGUUUAUUUUAUAAUGAGUUGUUGGCAAGGACGAAAUGCUUCUUUUAGCCAACAAACAGAUCAAAUAGUUAAUAAAGAAAUGGCUUUCUUUUGUUUUGAUGUAUUGCAAGCACAUUUAAAGCGUUUAGGAUCACCGCAACCACCAAAAUUCACUAACUCAGCUUUUCCUUUGUUUGUCACGUGGAAAAUAAGCAAUGGCUCUGAAAAAAAGCUACGUGGUUGUAUUGGAACAUUUACUGCAAUUAAUUUACAUGUUGGUUUAAAAGACUAUACAUUAUCCAGUGCCUUGAGAGAUAAUCGAUUUUCUCCUGUAACACUUGAUGAGUUGUGUAGAUUGUCGUGCUCGGUGUCAUUGUUAACAAAUUUUGAAGAUGGAGAUAACUGUUUUGAUUGGGAGAUUGGUGUUCAUGGUAUAAGGAUAGAAUUUUAUAAUGAAAAAGGACACAAAAAGACAGCAACAUAUCUACCGGAGGUGGCUAAAGAACAAGGUUGGACCAAAGUUGAAGCAAUUGACUCGCUCUUGCGAAAAGGAGGCUUCAGAGGUACAAUAACGCCACAAGUUCGUAAUGCUACCAAGCUAGUUAGGUAUCGUAGUGAGAAGGUUUCUGUUCAUUAUAGUGAGUACAUCAGCUCCAAACAACGUUAGAAUUCUUCAUUACUAUUUUAUCUUUUAUUAUAUUUAUACACAAUUAUAAAGAACGAUAGGAUAUUUUAAAAUUGUUGUUAAUCACCAAGAAGGUCUUAUUUUCACAAGUUUUCGAUUGACGUUAUUGAAAAUACUUAGCUUUCCAAAUAUCUUAUUUUAUUUAAUACUCAUUUUACGAAGAGUGCUGCUUUAUCAUGUAAUAUUUGCAGUUACCCAUGUCAUUUGAAAAUACUUGCUAGGGUUGAAAGCUUUUGAUCUCAAUCAUGUAUGAAACUUAUUGUAUUUAAUGUACAUUUUGCAAACAAAUAAAAGGUGAUGGAUGUUUACAGUUUA